AUGGAUGACACAUAUUUAGACGUUGUAGCCGACGAGUGUAAAAUAACACAAAUUAAUUAUCAGUCGUUUACUCCAUAUUCGAACAUAUCUUUUUCUAAUAACGAUGAUAUUAGGAUAAAUGUUCUGAAUAUGGAUAACUACACAUUACCAUGUGAGAGUUAUCUUUACAUCGAAGGAAAAAUGAAUAAACCUGCAGAUGUCGUUGGAGACGUUUGUUUUUCGAAUAACGGAUUGGCAUUUUUAUUCUCUGAAAUGCGGUACGAGAUAAACAGAAUAGUUGUGCAGAAAAUAAAAUCAUCAGGAAUUUCGUCAUGUUUGAAAGGAUACUGUUCGUAUACUCCAAACGAUUUACACACUUUGGAGAAUGCGGCUUGGAGACCGAUUACUGACGAUAACAAUAAAAAUUUCAUUACCAACAAUGUAUUUACCGGCUGCGUUCCGCUAAAACAUUUAUUUGGAUUUUUUGAAGAUUACAAAAAAGUAUUACUUAAUUGUAAUCAACAAUUGGUUAUCAAUCGCUCGUCUACCGAUUUUGACGCUAUUCAUGUUGUGGGUUCCGGAGAUAAUAACGUUGAGAAAAAUAAAAAAAUUACAAUUGAACUUACCAAGAUAAUAUGGAAGAUGCCUUUCAUAAAAGUUAGUGAUAAAGAAAAAUUAAAGCUGUUAAAAAUAUUGGAUUCUUGUAUGACAUUAUCAUGUGCGUUCAGAACAUGGUAUCUCUGCGAAUAUCUCGUACUCCCUAAAAUUACUUCACAUUCGUGGACGAUAAAGUCUAGCAAUUUACUUGAAAAGCCCAGAUUUGUAUUGAUUGGAUUUCAAACAAAUCGAAAAAAUAAUACAACACUCGAUGUCGGCCAAUUCGACCCCUGUCGAUUGAAAAACCUUAAGGUAUACUUAAAUUCUGAAGUAUAUCCAUAUGUAGAUUUUCGAGCAGACUUUCAAAACAAACAAACUUCCAUAUUGUACAAAGCGUGCACAGAUUUUCAAAAAUUAUACUAUGAAAGAGACUUCAGCGAGCCAUUAUUGUCAAAACAUAUUUUCAAAAUCGUGUACCAAUCGUCGUUGUCGAUCUUUUGCGUCAGAAUGACAACGUUAAAUCCUCGACCGUAG